AUGGAGCGCAAACUAUCAGCAAAAGCAACCAAAAUGCGGCGUCGUCUCACCUUCACCCGAAGCAGAUCGACACGAUACCGCUCAUGCACGAUGGUCCCUUCCGCUGAAGUCAGUCCCUGCAGCAGUCGGCCUCGCUCAGCAACGAAUCCCGAAUCUCCAACAUACGGAGAAAACACAAUGUGGGACAGCACUGAUGCCAGCAGGUGCUACAACUUCACAGAUGAGCCAGGGUUCUUUCGCCCUGCAUCGCCAUUUAUUGAGCGCCAGCAUAUCGAUGAAGACCUCGUGCUUGAUAUCAAGCACGCAUGCGCCCUACUAUCCCACAGCAUCGAUCGUGGUAUCCCCAUCGGCCUGUCGUAUCAAAGUGCCGUGCCCAACUGGACAGGGAGAAAGGCCGCUAGGCAGUCCAGCGCCGAAAUAUCCUCGUCUCUAAACCAGAAUGCCCUUCUCUCACCUCCCAAACCGCUCGAGUCUGCGACAGAUGUCGACACCCAGCCGCACGAUUCAGGCAUCGGCGUGAGCUUCCACUCCCCCAAGAAAACAGGCAGACCAUACGGGAACAGCGUCUCAGGCACCGAAGCUUCAGCCAGAUUCUACAACAAACGAUCCUCCAUCUCACCACCCCACAGCCCAACAUCAGAAAGAGCCUCUCGCUCCCGCGGCGAGAGUCUAAUCCAAAGUUUCGCAGACCGCGGCAGCAUCCAACCAGACUACCCACUAAGCCUCGGGCGCUCGCGCUCCUCAAGUCCAGUCCCAUUCCCCUACAGUCCCGACCAAGCCAACGACGAAUGGCGAUCCGGACAAACAACACCGCCCAGCCCGAUAAUCGAAAACGCCCAAAACAUAAAAGAACUGUCAACGGCAACGAUUUCCGUUUCCGAAACCGAGAUCAAAACCACCACCUCCCCCAUCACCGAAGAAACUGACACACCGUCUCAACCUUGUCUCGGCGAAGAAGGUAUGACCUGGCUCCGCGCCAGCAAAGGCAUCCAACGUCUCGCCGAAGAAGAAAAACAGAAAGAAAAAGCAAAGGCAUCUAAAAAGGAAAACACUUCCGGCCGCUUUUACAGUUGCAAUGCCGCGGCCUUCCAAAUCAUCGAUUCGCCCGAAUGGCUCACGAAGAAUAUCUGGGAAAGUCGAGACCCGAGCGUCUACGGCGAGGCUUCAUUGGCCAGGAAUGGAGAAGGGCGUUGGGGGAGUGUAUCGACAAGCGGGGAUGAAAGUCGCGACGGAUAUCCCGUCCAGUGGUACAUUGGUGCUGGGGCUGUGUCAAGUCGGGAUCUGUCUUAUUCUUCAUCUUUGUGUCCUGUUGAUGAGUUCAAGCAUCAGGAGGCUGCUUAUUCGGUCGUUGUUCCUAGUCUGCAACCGCGGCGGAGGAGGGAGAAGGCGCAGUUUUUGUUGAGGAAGUUGGCUGGGUUUAGGGGAAGGAGGAAGGAGGGUGAAUGUUAG